AUGACAGACCUCGACAAGAAGCUUCGCAACUUGGAGAAAAAGCUCAAGCAGAUCGACGAGCUGGCUUCCAAAGAGCGCGCUGGACAGACCCUCAAUGCAGAGCAGAAGGGCAAGUUGCUGAAGAGGGUGGAAGUGGAGGCAGAGAUCGAGGAGCUGAGGAAGGUCACUUACCUGCCCCAAGAGCAAGAAGCCUACAAUGUCACAGAUCCGGAUCCGAUGGACCACGUGGGCGUUGGCGCCGCAUCCACAGGUGACUCGCAGAAGCCACUGGCAAAGAACAAGAAGGUCUUGAACUUGCAGAAGAAGCUCCGCGAGAUUGCCAGCCUGGAAGACAAGAAAAAGUCUGGCGAGUCAUUGGACAAGCUGCAAGAGUCAAAAAUCCAGAAGCGACAGGAGAUAGAGGAACAGAUCCAAGCGGCCUUGGAAGAGCCAGGACAAGACCAAGGCUUGGAAGGCGAGCUGCCGGCCUCCAGCACCGAGCGCCUUGGGGAUGGAGAUUGCGAGCUGCCAAGGCCAGGGCCAGACGAUGCUGAUGGCUUCGAUGGCACAAGCGCCAACACGCGGCCUGCCACUGAAGGUCUGUACAUGUGCCACUGUAUCGAUGCAAUCCGGGGCCACGCCGGCAAGCAGCAGCGGCGGGCGAAAUACUUCAAGACUCAGAAUGGACAGUCAUGGCGAAAGGAGUACUGCGGGGCCUUCGCCGUGCAAAAGCCGGUGACUACUCCGAAGACCAAAGACAAGGCCAAGUUCGAUCUUAUCCACGACUUUGAGUUCUUCCUGUGGUCAACUUGGCGGGACAACUUCGACGCCAUCAAAUGGAAGAUCUCGGAUGCAGUGAACGUUGAACGUGGAUCCUUCCACUUGGAGACGGAAGGUGGGGAAAAGCUUCCUUUUGAUGCAGAUUGCAUUGAGAUGCACGAGGUCCUUAGCAAAAGGGCUCGAAGCUGUCCGAUGUUAGAAGAGUGUCUUGGAUGCAACCUGUGGCGGCUGGGCGGGCUAGGAGAUCCCGAGGCUGCGCCCGAUUGA